AUGUCGGCGACAACAGAUGAAUUCCGAGGGCCGCCUGGGCCUCCAAGGCCGCCUGGGCCUCCAAGGCCGCCUGGGCCUCCAGGACCCCCAGGACCUCCCCCACCUCCACCGUUUCUUCAAAACGUCAGCGAAGAUGCUAGAAUUGCAUUCUUCGAAGUUGUAGAUGAUUCGAAUUUGACGAGACUUGAAAUCGAAAAUAAAACUGCAAUCUGGGCUGACAACUUCAAUAUCGUUGAGGAAUAUCAGGAAUUUUUGAAAAAUCGAACAAUUAUGGAACAAGAGAUGGAUAAGAAUUUGACGAGUAUAAUCUCUAAUUUAUCAAGUGUCAAAAGAUGAGAUAUUCAACAAUAAAAAUCAAACAAGACAUCAAAUCAAAGAAGCCAUCGAUAAAUUGCGGGAAACUUAUAAUGCAGAAGUGGAUACAAUUCUGCAUUUGAGACAUCGUGGAGCUCCGCCACCUCCUCCUCCGCCACACGGAAUUCCACGUCCUCCACCAAAUGAGCAAGGAAUUAUUGGUGGAUUUGGUGAACCGCAAUUCACCGAUGACUCAUCUUUUUUACCAUGA